UGAACCAUUUCACUCGGUCCAUUCGUAUCAACACAUUCUCAAUAGCACAUAGUGCAUUUCUUUUGUUAGCUACAAACUACACUCGCGUACAAUAUGAGGGUCUGCAUUGUUCUGCCCAUGUUAGUGCUGGCCGCAAUAGUGGUGGAGUGUUCGCACACAUUCAUGGGCACCAACGUGCACAGACUGCUGGUCUUCCAUCGCGAAGUGAAGUACAGUGGGAACACGUUCACCAAGCGUAUAGAGUAUCUGAACUACACUAUACCAGCUACCUUCGGUUAUGCACGGACUAUUCAGGGUAUUCUCGCUUACGACCUGAACAACAGUUCGUCAGCCAACGUGACUGCCGGCGGCCUGGGGUACCCCUUCGUAUCGCUUCGUAUGAAGAGCGAGCGAAGGAAAGACAUACGAUACGAUGUGUACAUUUACGCUUAGACCGAGGAAAUGUACUUGACUAAACUAAAGCACUUAUAGAAUAAAAGCAAUGAAUAAUAAAAUUAAGUUAAAUUUCUAAAAAUUAA